AUGGAACUGUCCCAGCUCCUCAAUGAGAUCAGGGCAAACUAUGAAACGCUCCUCAGCCGAGGAGAGACCCAGGUAAUGUCCACAUACAGACAGCUAGAAAAAGUCACAACUGCAAGAAUGAACAAAGAUGAGGAAAUCUUAAAGGCGGCAAGGGCAGAGCUAAAUGAAGCUAGACACCAGUGGCAUCAUAUGCAAACCGAAAUAGACUCUCUUCAUGCCAUGGAAAGGGGGUUGGAGAAUUCGCUACGGGCCACAGAACUACGAUACCAAACACAGCUCAAGCACAUAGAAACAGAGAUUGAAGAUCUGGAGAAGGAACUCCAAGAAGUGAGGCAGGACAUCGAAAAACAGCUCCAGCAACAUGAAAUAUUAUUGAAUUCCAAGAUGAGACUUGAGCAGGAAAUAGCUACCUAUCGUAGUCUGCUGGAGAAGGAAGAGAAAAGGUUUCAUUAUUCAAAACACGAAGAAACAAAAGAUGUCAGAAAACCUACUACCAGCCGAAUAGCAUUUAUUUUACCUUCAUCAAGCAAGCUAAAAAAACAUGAAAUUGAAAAAGUGGAAAUACUGUCAAAGCAAGCAGUCUUAAAUGGAGGUAUUGCAAAGGAUAGCACAGACACUCAUAGUACAAUACAGACAGAAAAAGUAGAUGAAGUGAUUAAAGAGUGGGAAGGCUCUUUCUUCAAGGAUAACCCUCACUUAAGAAAAAAGUCUGUUUCUUUGCGCUUUGAUCUUCACCUGGCAGCUACAGAUGAAGAUUGUUUACAUAUGAAACAGAAAAGUCUGCCUGAUAUUGAAGUGAGAUUGGUUAUGAGACGGUCUUGCAGCAUCCCAUCAAUGAAAACUUAAAUCAGCGUCAAUU